CUUUCUUUCUUUCUUUCUUUCCUUCCUUCUUUCCCUUCCUUUCCUUUCAUUUCCUUCCUUCCUUCCUUCCUUUCUUUCUUUCUUUGUUUCUUUGUUUCUUUCUUUCUUUCUUUCUUUCUCUCUCUCUUUCUUUCUUUCUUUUGUUUUCUCUCUUUGUUGCCCAGGCUGGAGUGCAAUGGCACGAUCUCAGCUCACUGCAACCUCUGCCUCCUGGGUUCAAGUGAUUCUCCGACUUUCUUUUGAAAUUGUAGGCCAAGUGGUAAUUAUUUGUAACUGCUGGUUUUGGCUUUUCUUUCCCAUUCGGGUCAUUUUGUAUUUUGCUCCUGGGCACCUGCGUGUUCAAACCUCCUGCCUGGCGGGCUUUGCUGUCUUUUGUGGGUGGAGGAGCCCAGGACGUUGAAGCUCAGAAGGUCCUGCUCACAGACUGUGGCAGAUUGUUCCCGGAGACGCUGGGUCUCUACUCAUUAAACCAGUGGAUCCCAUGUUUUGUCUCUCUUGCUAAGUGGGAGACCGUCUGUGUGAGUUCUCAUUCUGGGAAGGAUCAGAAAUAUGUCUCAAUAAUUUUCUCCUGGAAUGGAAGCUGAGAAAGACCGUUAUGAUCAUGCUUGAGAUCAAACCCACUGCCCACUGCUGGAGAACCACCGCUUGCCCUCCAGCCCUGAGAGGUGCGGAAUUGAAAGAAGGAGCUGGAUUUUCGGCCAGGGCCUCCAUGGAGGCAUGGACCUAAUUCAGACUCCCCCAAACACAAUUGUUUCAAAUUGAGUUAGAACAACUCUAUUUUAAAGGUGGUUCUGUCUUAGUAUUAUUAUUCAUGUCUGAACAUUUCUGCCUCCUUCCAAAUAUUUUAAGCUUUUAGAGGCUGGGGGUUAUUUCUUACACAUGGGACAUAUUUUGUCUUCACAAUGCCCAAGCACAGCACCUUCAUUAAUAAGGAGGUUAUUGAGCAAAGUGGUUUGGAGCUGGACUCCCAUGGGCUCUGGAGUCAAAUUGCACAAAUAAAGUCAUUCUUGUGAAGAACUUAGCACAGUGGCUGACAGAGGGAGAGGUCAGAAAACGUUAGUUGUAAUUAUUGUUAAUCAUAUAUAUUUUUUGGUUUUGGGAUUUUUGUUUUCUGUAUUUUUUUAGAGAUAGGUCCCUCUGUUGCCCAGGCUGGAGUGCAGCUGCACAAUCACAGCUUACUGUCACCUUGAACUCUUGGGGUCAAGCGAUUCUCUCACCUUAGCCUCCCAAGUAGCUGGGACUACAGACAUGUGCCACCAAGUCUGACUAAUUUUGUAAAUUUUUGUAGAGAUGGGGUCUCAAUAUGUUGCCCAGGCUGGUCUCAAACUCCUGGUCUCAAGUGAUCCUUCCACUUUGGCCUUCCAAAGUGCUGGAAUUAUAGUCACGAGCCCACUGGGCUGGGCCUGUGCUCUUUGAAUGAGUCUGUUAAGUGGCUUUUAGGUAAAGGUGUUAGGAAAAAUUUCUCACCCCUACCCUCAUAUCUGGCAGCCCUCUGAGUUCACUCUUUGAUUAGCACAGGUCUCCUGCACUAGUAGCCAGGAGGUCAUUUUUCUGGCUUUGCAAAUGCUCCUCCCCCGAAGCCUGGCCCCCAGCUGUGUGGUGUGCUCCUGGCCCACCUCCUGUGCUGAUUAUGACUUAUCCAUCAACCCCUGGGCUGGCCCCACUCCUUCAAAUGCUCUGAGAGGGUGGAGGUGGAAUUAUGACCCAUGCAGUUAAUAGCUCCUUAAGUAAAGGUUGAUUUGGGAAUAUACCAUCAUUUGCCUAUGGCCAGGUCUUAAGAUCCCACUUGCCCUUCAACUCUAUGACAUGAUUCGGAUUCCAUACCAUGGUAGACACAUCUGUUCCUGUGCUCCGCAUGUCAGAGACAUGUCAGAGAGAAAUCCUGCAGCUCACCAGCUCCUUGUAUGAAUAGUUAUGCUUUUAAAAUGAGAACCACAGGAAAAGGCAGGAUCUGGUAAAUCUUGUCACAGGUUUAACUAAAAAGACCUGAGUAUUUCUCACAUUUGCUUGAAGAAUAACUUUUCUUACUCACAGAAAUUAAAAGAAAAUUUGGAUCCUGCAGGUGAAUAUUAUGGGAUUUUGCAAGUCAACCAUGUUGAAUUUCUGUAUUAAUUUGCUUUUCUUAUGUGACUUUCAUCAUUCCUGUUCAGUUUUUAGAGAUACUAGUAAAUUAAACACUGUUAGACCCACUUGGAAGUAUUAAACCAUAAGAAACCACAAAAAUCAAGUCACCUAAAUAGGGUUUUAGAAAAGGAUUCAACAAGAUGAAGAGAAAUUGCCACAGGCAUUGAUUCCUUCUCUUGAACUCUUCAAAAAAGUGGAGAAAUAAAUAAUAGUAUUUGGGUUAUUUCUCCUGCUAAUAGGGUACCCUGCUCUCCAGGCUCUAGAUUUGCAUAAUGUAGAUUAGUUAAGAGUUAAGUAGAAAUUGCUGAAAAUAAGUUGCUACUAUUAUGACACGAAUUUUACUAAUUCAUGCAAUGCACUGUUUUAUUUUUAAAAAAUCUAAUAGUAUCAGACAUUUUAAAGUUGAAAAGACCCUUGACAAUUUUCCCAUCUAUCUCCCAGUCUUCUGUUCAGGCAGUUUACAGAUGUUUCCAUUUUAUAGACGUGACUGUUGAGGCAUCAAUGUUAAGAAUAUGCUCAGAAGUUGUAGCAAAACAAAACAUACAAGAUGCUUCUUCUGUAUAGCUUUAGGAAUUUUUAUAUGAAUCAAAUGUAUAUUUUUAUGUUUUAUGUUAUUUUACCUUUGGUAGUUAUGUUAUACUUCCAAAAUAUAGGUGCAGGUAUUGGCAGCUUUUAACUUUUCAUUUGUCAUAGUAUCCUGUUUGCACUACUAGUUAACACGUUACUAGAAUUUAAGUUCUUUAAAUUCUCUGGUCUUGCAUAGUUGUUUUUUUUCUUGUCAAUAAUUUCUAAAGUAUGAAGAAAUGACUUUUCUACUCGCACUUAAAAUACUUCCAUAUGUGUCCCAUAUUAAGAUUUUAUAAUGUGGAUUAGUAUCUGGCUUUGUGAAUUUCCUGAUUUGAAAUGGUGGGCUUUGUAAGAAGAAGAUUACGGGUAAUGGGAACAGCAGAAUGGUAGCAGGCAGACGGUGGAGGUAGACGCUAAGCUCCCAUGUCAGGCUUUACAUGGUGGCUAAAGCGGAGGAGGCAAAGGUGUGUGAGCAAAUAAGGGAGCAGUCACUUCCACGUUUCAGGAAGCCUCAUCUGGAAAUUGUUGGAGAAACACUGAAUACAGGGAGACUGAAGAGGAGACAGUUUGGAAGUUAUCGCAAAGAUCCAAGUGAGAGAUAAUGAUCAAAGUAAAGGAGUGGAAAAUAAAAGAGGGAUGCCAUUAAAAUGAGCUUUGCCUUCUCUGUCCUCUGUGCACCUCCAACCCUAUACACCGAGCACGACCUUGACCCUCGGGCUAUGGGGAGAACUUGGGGAUUGUAGCCCCAAGGUGAGUGAGAGCCCUCUUGGGCUCCUUUCUGCGCGUGUGGAUCAGUGGUGGCACAGAGGCCGUGAUGGCAGCGGAGGAGCUGUCACGGAAAUGGCGACCAUUCUCAAAGUCCUUAAUGGCCAGGUCCCAACCUGGGCAGCGAGGAGAUCCUUGUGGAGGUGUAAGGCAGGUUGGAAUGGGCCAGGCUGGAGCUACGUUGAGUUUGUUGAGUUUUUUGCUUAUUGCUGUUAAUUCCCUGCAAUAACAAAGCCUGUUGCUUUAGCUAAUUCAUGACCUUCUCCCUUGCUUGUCUCUGCUUGUGAACUUUGAAGAAAGAAAUGCUGGCCUGAACAGCCUCCCCUGCACACAGAGGUGGCCAUGGGACAGGGCCCAGCUAGUGAGAUAGAAAACCAAGGCUGUGUAGAAGCUUCCGGAAACCCUGAGCCUUCUGUAAGGCCUUCUGGUGCGAUCCCUGGUGGGCUGCUUGGCCUACCUGCUGCUGUGCCCGCCUUGCAACUGAGACGCAGCCAAGAUGAAGCUGGAGUCGGCACAGGUGGUGAGGAGGGAGGACGGAGAGACCCUGUGCCUUUGAUGACAAUGCUGGCAGCUGCCUCUGUCCUCUCUUGUUAUCUUAGCAAAACGAAUCCUAACCCUGUUUUAUGCUCUGCUGGUUGAGUUUUGUGUUCCUAACUGAUGGACUUUAGGAAGCUGAGGGCUUCCUACCCGUAGGUAGACGUUAAACUGUGAAUGUCUAGAACCAAACCAAGUGUCCAUGUGAGUGUGUGUGAUCUUUAAGACAUGUAGCAGUCAUUAUGCAGCCACCACAUUUAUAUUCAGGUCUGACAACUUAAUCUUAGCAAUAUCAGUACGUCACAAGAGUGGUAAUGUCAGAAGCACCAUCUACUAUAAUAUUUUCAUCUAAAAAUUGUUAAAAUUUUUCAUCUUUCCAUACAAAAAUCUGCAAAAUAAUGUUUAUAGCAGCUUUAUUUAUAAUUGCCCCAAACUGAAAGCAACCAGGAUACCCUCGGUUAGGUAAAUGGAUAAACAAACUGUGGUCGUUCCACACAGUGGAAUAUUAUCCGGCACUACAAAGAAAUGAGCUGUUGUCAGGAAAAGACAGCAAGGAACCCCAAAUACACAUUACUUAGUGAAAGAAGCAAUCUGGAAAGGCCAUGAUUCCAGCUAUAUUGGUUUCUGGAAAAGAUGAAACUAUGGAGACAUUAAAAAGAUCAGUGGUUGCCAGGGGCUCAGGAGGAUGGAGAGAUGAAUAGGUGGGGCACAGGGGAAUUUGAGGACAAUGCAACCAUUUUGCAUGUUACUCAAAUGGUGGAUACAGGUCACUAUGUACUUGGUAAAGUACAUAGAACUACUGUAGAACUGUACAACACAAGGAACCAACUCUGAUGUAAGCUACGCACUUUAGUAAAUAACAAUGUGUCAGUAUUGGUGCAUCACUUGUAAGAGAUAUGCCACACUAGAGCAAGACGCAGAUAGCAGAGGAUGCCAGGGACGGGAGGACUCUCUACUGUCUGCUCAGUUUUCUGUAAACUUAAAACUUCUCUAAAAAAUAGAAAUCUAUUUUUUUUUUUGAGACGAAGUCUCAUUCUGUCACCCAGGCUGGAGUGCAGUGGCACAAUCUCGUCUUGGUGCAACCUCCGCUUCCUGGGUUCAAGCAAUUCUCCUGCCUCAGCUUCCCGAGUAGCUGGGAUUAUAGGUGUGCGCCACCACACCCGGCUAAUUUUUGUAUUUUUAAUAGAGAUGGGGUUUCACCAUGUUGGUCAGGUUAGUCUUGAACUCCUGACCUCAGGUGAUUCGCCCGCUUCGGCCUCCCAAAAUGCUGGGAUUACAGGCGUGAGCCACUGUGCCUGGCCAAAUUUUUAAAAUAAAUAUUAAACAGCCCUCAAAUUUCUUUUAUUUCUUUUGGUAAUAAAUAUUACUAUUUUAGAAAACAAUAUUUAAUUCCUCAGAUAUUGGAAGGGGUAGGAAGGGAGUGCUAUUAACUAGAUGGUUGGAAAGUGCCUCUGUAAGAACAGAGGCACUGAGGGCCCAAGUCAUAGAGCAAGUCCUAAGUGCAAACUACAAUGCCGAGAAGUUUAUUAGCUUCAAUAGACACAAAAAGGGAGCCCAGCAGCAAGCUCAAACACGGAUUUUCAUUUUACGAGUCUCCCUGCUUCACUUCAGAAUUUCCUCUAAUGCUGGACUUAAAACAUAAUUUUCAGGUAGGACCUGAGGGAGGCCGCUGGGCAGUUUCACACUCAUGAGAGGAUGGAAAAACCACAACUACUUUUGGUUAGGAAUGCACCGUGGCCUUUUUUUUUUUCUCUUAUAAAAAUAAUAAGUGGCUGAGGAGAUAUCUGUGAAAGAUUUACUUAAGCAAAGUGGAUGGAGCCCAGUGUGAAGGACGAUUAGGCCCAUGUGAGCCCUGGUGGCUGGAGGAUGCGGAGGAUUCUGGCCCCUGAGGCCAGGCUGGUCAGGGCAGCUGCGCUUUCCGUCCUGUGCAGAGCCCUUUCUCUCUGCCCAGGCGGGGAGUUGAAGGGGUGUGGUUUCCUGCCUCUCCCAGAUUUCUUAGUCCUCCCGUGAGUUUUCUCCAUUUCUUAAAAGAAGAAAAGUAAAUGUUGACAUUUUUAUUUCAGUAGUCAUAUUUAAGAAUCAACACUAAUAGAGUCUGCAUGUUUUAGAAUUGAAUUUGCAAAUGUGUGUGUGUAAAACUAAGAAACGGUGUCAUUUUCUGGUGUUUUACGGUGUCAUUUUCUGGUGUUUUUCCCACAGACCAUACAACAUAACAGGUUCCUGUUGUGGCUUCAUUAUCGGGUUCAAACACCUGAUUUUGGCAAAAGCUAACCAAGAUAAUACGUAAUGUAUGCAUGGUUUCUUUAGGAGUUGUAUAGUUAUGCUCCGUGAGACAUGUGGGCUCUAUUAAAGUUGGGGAGUGAAGACAGGCACAGGUGAAGGAAUCAAAUCCCUGGCACGGUUUCUGGCAGAGGCCAUGGGGGCUGCUGGUGGGUGCAUGGCAGCUUGCUGGCUGAGAGGCGUUCUGGAGCCAGAAUGCUGACGUUGAACCCUAGCUGGGCACGUAUUAGAUGCACAGACUGGGAAAGUCAUUUAAUGUCUCUGCCUCGUUACUUCGCAUGAGGACUUGAGGGUAAUAACAGCACCUAUUUCAGGAGGCUAUUGCGAGAAUGAGAUGCACAUGUUGGAAAGUACUUACCUCCCCUGGCAUAGUAAAUUCAUGAUGAAUGUCAACUAUUUAUUAUAAAUGACUGGAGCAAGUGUAUGAUAAAAUGCCAGUUGAAGAGUUUUGGCUAGUUUUUAGCUAGAACAGGGCUGGGCCCUUUGUAGGACCCCAGUAAAAUCUCGUUGAAUGAAUAAAUGGAAGAAGGACCAUGUAUUAAAAGAGCCAGGUCACCACUUGCAUGGAGAAGAUGUGCCUGCACCUGGAUUUGGAGAAUUGAGGGCAGUGGGAGAGGAGACUAAAAAAUUAAACUAGAAGAAACGGCAGGCAGAGGACAGUGCUGGAGAACGGAAAACAGACUCGUCUAAAUGGGGGAGUCAGUGUUAGGAGACCGAGUGAGAAAGGAAGGCUGGAGCCAGAUGGAAGAGGACCUUGCACAUAAGGGUCCCAUUGGAAGUUCACCCUACGUCGUGAGUGGUGCAGAAGAAGCUGGAUGUAGCUCUGCUUCAGGACCAGUGGGAGGGGCAAUUGACAGUUGGUAGGGAAAUCAACCAAGGAGCUGUGGCAAUUCAGCUGAAGGAUGCUGGACACGGAAAGGAGGGCUGUUAGCCAAUAGAUCAGAAAAUACCCCCAGAAAGGGAUCUCAGGUUGGGCAGAACAAAGCUUGACAGAGCAGAUCAACCUGAAUUGAAGUUCUACAAGACUCAAAAAUGAACAAAAGGAUGCACAGGUAAUACUCAAGAAGAAGACGUAAAACAAUGUCGGAGAUGAUGUUUAAUAUACUGACCUGUGAGUGUGUCUGUUGACUGUGAUCUAAUGUGUUACUUUACAGAACUGGCAAAUCUAGUGUGACUUUGUAUCAGUUCGGAGGUAGUUUUUCAGAUCCCUCCCCAGUUGACAUCCCUAAACAGUGUGGCUUAUUUCAACCUUGAGAAAGACCUUCAUGGCCUUGCCAAUCCCACAAACUGACUUCUAGAGCUUAAAGUUGGCAUAAAAUGAUACAAUAUGUAAGAACCAAGAUAACCCACAUUUUUAUCAUUCCAAACAAUGUAGGAAAGAAUAAUGUCCAAAGAAAUCAGGAUCUUUUCAAAGAGGACACGUGUUCUUUAUUAAAUCAGGAUGAGAGAUCAGAUCUCCCAACGUGUACCCCAGUUUUACAUUACUUUAUUAAUUUUUCACGUGACUUUUGUUGUGUGUAGCCCUGGUUCAUGUCUGGGGAUUCAGCCAGCUCAGGAUACUCACCAUCCUGUAAGCACAUCUCCCCUUUUUUUAGUGCUUUAGACUUCCAAGGCUCAGCUGAAGACGGCUGUAACUUAAAUUGGUCCUCCUCAUCCAUGGGUACCCACUCCUGGGCUGGCAGCUGCUGUCCUCCUGACUAGAAGGCCGCCUUCUGCAUCCGAGCAGACCUGGUCUGCACAGGUAUUGGGAGUCUCCUGUGAACGCCCACUUGCAGAAAGCACUCUGUGUGCAGGGAAGAAGGUUCUAAGCAGAGCUGGCAAAGCCUUCUGUGCUGGAGCUCCCGCCCGGUGUCCUUCCUAGGGAACAGGUGCAUCACUCUCACACCCUACACGGGGUUCCAGGGAAGCAAGCUCCUCUCUCAUUCUUUUGAUAGAAAUCAGAAGCUAAAAAUUCCAGAAGCUCUCAGUGUGCAAAUAGAAAAUGCUAAAUGCUGCUCUAGACCAUGUUACUGUGAGUGAAUCUUGUUGGAUAAAAAACUUAUGGCUAUCAAGCUAUAAAAGCCUGUUAAAACAUUUAACAAAGACAGUACUUUUGUGUAUGCUGGAAGGAUAAAUAUUGUAGUAUUUUUUGGGAUCUCCUAUUCAGGUCACAGGAUAUAUUCAAUUUUAUUUUAAACAUUUAAAAUAUAUUAAAAAAUAGGUCGUAUUUUCAAGCCAAUCUGACUUCAUCUUCUAAGGGAGAUAACCUAACAAUGAUAAAGCAGUCAGCUUAAUCAGGACAAAGCAAAAACAAGAGGCUGGACUAAACACAUGCAAAAUAAUACUUAUUUUUAAAAGAUGCCUCUUGCAUCAACAUUCUUGUUCCUCCUCAUGUUUUAGCUCUUAUUAUAAUUAAAUAAAAUUUUAGUUUUUGAUUUUCUCAUUUUUCCCCCAGGGAUCAUUUUACUUCCUAUCAUCAACAAAAAUAGCCAGAAUUACAUUGAAACUCAUGCAAUAACUACAGAUGAUCAUUUUAUUCAUCUUUGGAUGUGUUCGUUUUUUCCAUUUUUUGGUGAAUUUCUGGACACUGAUGAUAAACCAUGACAGAAUACUUUUAUGUACUAUGCCUCCUCCUAAACAUUUUUCAGACACCUCAUUAUGUAACCUGCAGCUCAUAAUGAAUGCAUAACAUGUGUAUCAUAUUAAUAGAGUUCUUCUAAAGAGAUCUCCUACGUUUUUAUUUUCAAGUAGUUCUUCAUGUGGGGGAUGGUCAGUGGGAGAUGGCACUUCAUAAGAUCUGCUGUGGUCACCCCAGUCAUCAUCCGACGUGUUGCACCAGUUUGUGGCACUUCAUAAGUUCUGCGGUGGUCACCCCAGUCAUCAUCCGACGUGUUGCACCAGUGUGUGUUGCUGUUUGAGCCGUGCUGCCGACCCCUUCCAGGGCAUCUGCCAUGGGCACCUCCUCCAGCCCGUGCACUAAGACUCAAGAGAGUCGAAGAACCAGGGAAUCGUUGUAAUAACAAGCAUUCUGAAUUGCAUCAUACUGUGUACUAGGUGGGUUUAAAAGAUAACUCAUCUCAAAUGGGUUAGCGUGACCAAUAUGGCUUAAUCGUGAUGUUUAACUGAUUUCAUCUUGCCAUGGAGCCUAUAUUCCCAUUGAGGGUGGAAGAAAAGAUAACAUUUUUCUUAGUUAAAGGUAACAAUCUUUUCUGGACUGAAACUAUUUCUUUUUGAAAAAUCGAGUUUCUGAAUCCAUCAACUCAAAAUUCAGAUUAUUUACCAGGGCCAUUUCCUGUUUGCUGCUUCUUCCAAAGUAGGUGCCCUGUGGCAAGACAGAUGCGAUGGCUUCCUGGAGUCAGGACAGGGACCACACAUAAUCGAGGCUGUCAUGUUUUGUUGCAGGUACCUGACCUCACGUGGUGGCACAGCUUCUCUCACCGGGACUCUGGGCCAAGGCCUCAGUCCUCCCUGUACCUACUGCUGUGGGGCCAGCUUAGUCACUCCCCUAGGCAUGGCCAAGGCGGAAGUCCCCUCUGCAGCUUGCUUUGUCCCACCUUGGCAUUCGUGUAGGAUUCAAACAAGUCCCUCACCUGGCCCCUGGCUUAGACUGUCCACCCACAGCAAUCUUGGCUCUGAAAUCACCUUGUUUCUCAUCUCGAUGGUUUCUUGAUGGGCCUCAGCUCUCAGCUACCUUCCUUAGCAGGAGUAUUCGGGAACUUCUGUUGCUGGAAACACGGGAGAGCAUUCUGCCUGAAGGCCGCACUGCCAUUUCUCCUUUGAGGUAGAACAUCACCUUGGUGCAGAGCACUCCAUGAGGUCUCCUCCCAGAGCCUUCCCGGUGGGAGGUAGGUGCAAGCUCCUCUGCUCUCUGACUUAGUUCUGCCUCCAUCCCCACCACACUCACUACUGAGAGGUGGAACCUCCUCCCCAGGAAGGGAGAAUCAAUAACUCUUUCUCCUGGCGGUGUACUCUUCUCUUGUUCUCCAUUGACAGAGCUUUAUACUUUCUUUGCCUGAUGGUAGGAACUUUCUCUACCUAUCCUGAGGUCUCUCCACCUGCACUUGAUAAUAAAACUCUUGGUUCAGGUCUCAAGGUCUUAUUUUGGUCUUACUUUUAUUAAGCGGAAGAAGACUUUGCAAUUUAGACAUCUCUUGUCUAUUGACAGACACACACACACAGACACUCUCUCUCUAUAUAUAUAUGUAUAUAUAUGUAUGUAUAUAUAUAUGUACAUAUAUGUAUAUGUAUAUGAUUCUUUGCAUCAGAGAAGUCCAUUGUCAAGAUUCAGGUCGAAUUCUGAUUUGACAAGGUUUUCUCCUAUUCCCUGUAAUUUACAUAUAAUAUUCUGAAAAUAAAGCAGAAUCUUAUGCCUUUCCAGUCUGUUUGAUAGGACAUUACCUAAUGCUGCCCUUUCAGAAGGCCAUACUUAAUUGGUGAGAUGGAUAAUUCCAGGUCGGGGGUAAGUGAUGUCUUGCUGUGUCAGGAAGCAAGGAAGCAGUCAAAAACUCAUACGAUUGUGCAAAGAGAAGCCCCUUCCUGUUGGCCAAAAGUAUGACAAUUUCGACAUCAAAAGUAGCAGUGGUUAUAGCAUAUUAAUGCACAUUGAAUCAAUAAAAAUACGUGAGUCCAUAAUGAAACUCAAAAAGCAAAAGCUAGGAAAAUACGUUUAUGCCACAACUUGAGAUGACUACUAAACCAACUCAUUACAUUAAGAAUUUGCCACUGAAAAGCAAUCAUUAUUUACCUUCUCUUUCCAAUAUGAACUGCACUGGGGAUAAUGAGACAGCUGAGUUGGUGAGAGAAAGCUCUAUUUUAAAAGAAUAAAAGGCCAUCAAUAAUAUAGAAUAAAUGAUAGAAUUAGAAAAAUCAACAUUAGAUAUGUAGUUUAAUGCAGAUCUAGACAUUGAUCUAAGGGAGAAAAAGUAGCUGUACAAUGGAAGGAUUAUAUGUUCAAUCUCUUAACCCACUGUCAACUUAAGCAUCAGCAAUGGCCAGUCAACCAGGCUUUAUGUACACAGCAUCACUUAAGAUGUAGUCUAAUCCUAAAUGUCUAAUUUGAAUUUAUACACGUUUAGAUCUGACUUUCAGCUUACAGGAAAUAUGGGAGAUAGAGGAAAAGACAAAAUGACUCCAUGAGGAAAUACCCAGACACGCCCAGAAGAUGAAAUGUGGUCUUCAUCAAUGACUGCACGUCAUUCAUAAAGAAGCUGUGGUAGAUUAGGAGCAACCUAAGGAAGGCAACAAGACCUUUUAAAAAUGGAACUGUCGGCUGCGGUUGGAAGGCGCAGGCAGGCGCCCUGGAGAGAAUUCACAGGGAGGCACAGGACAGAACGCUCCCAGGAACGAGGAAGCACCCCCAGAAAGGAGCGCUCUAUGGCCCCCAGGCAGCCGAGGAAACGCGAACGUGAGCCCCGUGACUGCACUCCCACGUGCACCGACGCUGCCAGUGUGAGCAGAAGCGGAGCCCGCAGAGCGCCAGGCUGCGCCGGGAGAUAUGUGAAAAACUGCGCCAGAGCAUGGCGGGAACUUUCCGAGAGGGCGUGUUGUUUCCAGGCGGUUCCACCUUCUAAUAUGAAACAGUCUUGGUUGAUUUUCCUUGAUACUACUUUAUGCUCGGCCUGGUUGUUGGCAAGUAGCUGCCCGCGUCUGUACGCGCCCUUGAUUAGUUUCCACUGCAUGUGUUUUAACACAGUGCUCCUUUUUCCACGUUUAUUUGGGCCAACCCUGUCUGCAAAGAUCCAGUUUAAUAUAAAUUUGAGUCUACGUGCUAUAGCCUGGAAAUGUACUAAAGACACUACAACAUAUUGCUGAAAGAAUAGAAUCUUUAUUCUGAAUGCAAAGCAGACACCUAGUAAAAAAUUCUGGAAUAAUAAAACAAGCAAGGCUUAUGUGCUCAGUUUUGGGGACGCUCCAAUUUAAAGGCUUAGUCAUUGUCACGGUGUAAGGUUCACCCAUUGCCCCCAUCACACAGAUGUGGGAUUGUUGAGAGCUGAGAGUCCUAUGACCUCUUCUGCUGCCCAAGAACUUGGGGUGGGUGGUAACUGGAGAAAUCAAAGUGAUCAGCUGCAAAGAAUGCUUCCAUUGCUGGAGCUUGGUUGUGCGGGAUUCUCCACGGACGUCUUAAGGCAGAGACAAAAACAAGGACUUUGGGAGGCUCCUGUGAGCAGCCAAAAGGGUUUAGAGUCAGGCAGCCUCAGGUUACAAAUCCAGUCCUGCAGGCUAGGAGUUGUGUAAGCUUAAAAAAGUGACUGCACUUCCAGGAACAUCAUUUCCCUACCUGCUCCUCCUUCUGACGGGUUUUCUGAGGACAAUGGAAUCCACACUCUGUGUCGAACACUUUUCUAAUUAACGAUGUGCAGACACUGUUUAUUUUACAGGAAUAAAAAUGCCAGAAGAACCCAAGUCAUAUUCAUUUAAAGCAGGGUGACAAGUACACCAAAAUCUGAAAAAUCAUCACUAAAGAACUUAUCCAUGUAACCAAAAACCAUUGAAAUAAAAGUAAACUAUGGAAACAAAAUUUAAAAAUAAUAAAAUUUAAAAGUCCAAAAAAUUUAUAGCAGUUCACCUGUUUCAUUUCUUCCUUUAUAAAAUUGUAUUUAGAAAUUUGUUAUAUGUGUCUAUGCAAACAUUUUAAGAAAUGUAAAAAUGUGGAAUUCCAUAAUGCUGCUUACUGAUUUACAGAUAUAAAUACAUCCACGUGGACUUGCACACAUGCAGGUGCCCCUCGCCCUGUACAGUUUCACCAUCUGCACUUGCGAUCUGAACGCAAGAACAAGAGGUUUUGGAGAGAAAGGGAUACUUGUUAACCUGUAUGUAUACAUAGCUUUUGGGUUAUGGUUUGUCUUACAAAAGAAGGAUAUUAUGCAUAUUUCCUGUAUCUUGGCUUAAUCAAUAGCACUUCCUAGAAAUCUUACUGAGUCAACUGGUAUAUUCUAAUUAAUUCUUUGUGCUGGCUGCAUAAUAUUCUGUGGUGUAGAGGUGUAGCAACACCAUAUUUUAUUCAGCCAGUCUCCUAUUGAUGGACACUUAUGUUAUUUCCAGUUUUUUGAUGCUAUAAACAGAGCUGCAAUAAAUAUUGUUGCACAUAUGUCCACUUUAACAAAGAUUUUAUUUCUCCAAAUAGAAUUUUAUUUCUAGUCUCCAAAUAGAAUUUUAUUAUCUCCAAUUUCAUUUAAGCUGCCCUUCCACACACAUAUUAAGGUCAUCGACCUGGUUAUAUGUAGUGUGUGUGUGUGUGUGUGUGUGUGUGUGUGUGUGUGUGUUUUGUUUUUGUUUUACUUUUGAUGUUGUUGCUCACUGGACUCUGAACACUACAGGACUUCUUUAAAUCUAUUUCUUGAGUAAGAACUUGACAAGUGCCCAGGGCCCAGUGUUUUAGAAGACAUCAGCCAGGGCCCCCUCACUGAAGGAAGCCCCGGGUGGGUUUUCUGGGGUUCACAUGGGAACCUGACUUGAAUCCCAAGGAUAAGGGCCCCAUUGUCCAGUGAGCACAGGGUCCCUUGGCACCCUCAGUUGAAACUCAUCCAAGAUUAGUAACAUUCCAGCCAAAUUCUUGUUUUAUUGCAUGAUUUCAUUUAAAAAUUGCAUGUAUAACAUGGAUAAGCUAUAAACAGAAUAGCCAUUUUAAUGAAAACAACAAGAGAUAUGAGUGGAUGUUGCCUUUAUUCUAGUUGGAGACAACCAUAUUUACACAACUUAUUCAGAGAUGCUCACAGUUGUCAAUGGACUCCACACUACAGCUUUGUGAAGCAGUGUUUGCUUCUGGUGACAGAGCUGCUCUGGUUGCCCACAAGCUGCUCUGUUGGUGACCUGUUUCACAAGGUUGUUUUACCUUGAGUGACUGCUGUGUUCACAGUUGUGCUUCAAGAAUGCCAAAGCUCAUUGCUCUGUUUGCAAAGCUGCUUGGCUUGCUGGGGAGGGUAAAAUGCAAUAUAUUUAGACCUUUGAUACUGACAGUCCAGCUUUGGCUUCUGAAGUCUUUGUAGAGGAAAGGAAGUGGGAGAGAUUGUCAGAGGACCCUCCUGUGACGUGGGGGUCUGUGCUGAUAUCUGGAUUUUUUUUUUAACAUUUAUUAUCAGGCUUCAUACAGGGGGGACUGGUUUGCAGAGCCCUGAAUUUAGGCUUUGACAGGUAAGAAUCUCUGAAAUGAACAAGACUAGUUUGGUUAGCAUUUAUUAGAAGGUCAGUUUGUAGGUCCUUAAUUGUCUCCUGUUUAUAGAACUGGAUAGUGUCUGUGUGUGUAUGUGUGUGUUUCGUGUUUAAUUGUGAUUUGCUGCUCUUGACAGGUUUUGUGAAACUGACAACAGCUCUUUCUCAGCCUGUUUUUCUCUACUGGCCAAAAUGUUCACUGUUAAUUUAUUCUGCUUACUCUUCAUUCAUUCAACAAAUAUUUAUUCAGUCCUACUAUGUGCCAAGUACUGUCUAGCCUAUAAAGAUGUCAAGACAUGUACCAACUCUUCCAAUAAAUAUUUCUAAGUUGUAAAAAUAUUAAGUGAUAUAAAAAUAAGAAAGGUUCUAUUAAGAACAGGUUGCUUUUUUUUAAAUAUGUAAGUUUAUUUUGGAUGCAAUAUGAGACUGAAUUCCAAUGCAAAGUUGUUUUAAGAGAAUGCGAAAAUCUCACCAUUCACUGACUUAGGAGAAAAGUUACGCUGAGAAUUAAUAGAAGCCGAAUAGAAGAAGAUAGUUAAAAUCUGUAUGCUAGCUAAUGUCUUCUUGUCUUGUACUUUUGGGGAAAAAGUAAACAAAAGUCUUAUUAAGUUUCAAGUAGGUGCCGCAUGAACCCUUCCAUAUUCAGGAUUAGACAAGUGGCAAUGGCACGUGGAGCUUGAUGGCCAAGCCCAGUGGGUUACAGGGUUUGGCUUUCCUCCAGCCCUCAAGGGGUGUCUAAGACCUCUGGGAUGCUACAUAGGAUGCAGGCAGAACUGCCUGUUUUGGGGCAAAAAAAUUGUCAUGGUCACCCCUGAACUACACAGAGGAAGAACUUUGUCUCAGCGCAAGCAAAUGGUCUUCCAAAAUUUGUACAAACAAGUUCCCAACAAUACAAGCUGCAUUUAACCCUAAGCAAACCAUACUCACAGCAAAGGUCUUAUUCCACCUGCACAUUCUUUCCAAAGCACAAAUGCCCUUUCUCAGUUCAACCAUGAAAGGACUGAUGGGAGAUGAUCUUAGAAGAGUGGCGAUGAUUCACACUAUUGGGUUAAAAAGAGAGAAUACUGGGGAACAAUGAGGCUCCCCAGUAAGUCUCUACUCAUUCUCCACCAACGUUGGCUGCCUUUCAUUUGCCAACAUGGUCAAAUCUUGCUCCUACAUUAAAAUUUAAGAAUCACCAUCUUCCUGGGUUGUAAUCACCUCUCUCUCCUUUCUUUUCACAGGCAAAAUUCUCCUUGUCUCCCAUUGUUUGCAUUCAUUCCCAUUCCCACCACCCUGCCUGGCAGCUCCCCUCACCACACAAUAGACACAGCCGGUCGUGGGGACACAGCUGUCUUCUGGUGCCAGAUCUGGCUAACACAUGGGUGUAGCAUUUGACCCUCGUGACCAUCUGUUCUUUCUUCUUCUUCCUUCUCAAAAAUAUUUCUUGGAUUCCUUGACAACAUUUUCUCCUGUCGUCUUUCUCUCUCUCUGCAUUCAUUAUCUUGCUUUAUUUCUGCCGAUCUUAAACGAGGGUGAUAUCCACAUCCUUUCCUAUCUGCUACUGCUUACUCCACAUUCUCUCCAUGGUUCAUCACAUUCCCUCCAUGGUUCAUCACAUUCCUCCCUCUGGCAUCAGUAAAAUGGAUUUCAUAACUCCAGCUCAAAUGUCACCAGUUCUGCAUGAAUACAUCAGAGGCUCAGUGUACAAGGACUGCUCAAAACUGAACAUGUUACCUCCUCUUUCUGAUUCCUGCUCUUCCCCACUCCCUGACCCAUCUGCUUCUUUCCCUCAUUAUUAAAGUUAUUACCAUCAUCCAACUUUGAUGAGUUUAAAAUCUGGAAUCCAUCCGGAAUUCUUCCUUAUGUGCAUCACCUACAUCUAAAUGACAAUUGUCUUAGUUUGUUUUGUGCUGCUGUAACAAAAUAUCAUAGACUUGGUGAUUUAUCAACAAUAGAAAUUAUUUGGCUCACAGUUCUGGAGGCUGGGAAGUCCAAGAGCGAGGGGCUGUAUCUUGUGAGAAACUUCUUGCUGUGUCAUCCCAUGGUGGAAGGCAUCAGAUAGCAAGAGCACAAAAGAGACAACAAGGGGGCAGAAUUCAUCCUUUUUCUCAGGACCCACUUCCAAAAUCACUAACACACCCCUGAUAUAGUGGCAUUAAUCUAUUCAUAAGGGCAGAGCCCUCAUGACCUAAUCACCUCUUAAAGAUUCUGCCUCUCAACACUGUUGCAUUGGGAUUUAAGUUUCCAGCACAUGAACCCUACUUUUAUUCUCCCAGUGAAUGUUCUCUCAAACAUAUCCACUCUCCUCCAUUCCUGCUAUCCUUGCCUUAAUUUUAGUCCAGAAUCAUUUCUUGCCUGGGAUUUUGCCCACGAUUUCCCUCUUCCUUAGAAAUCUAUCCUCCUCUCUACUUUCAAAAUGUUUUUGAAUUCAGAUUUGAUCCUGUCUUUCCCCUGGUUAAAUCCUUUAGUGGCUUACCACUUGCUAUAAGACAAAGUCAAGGUCCUCAGUGCCCUUUGUCAUCUAGUGCCAUCUCCUGUGCACAGACUUCCAGUUCUUUGAUUAUCUGUGUGCCUUUGCACACACAUUUUCUUCCUUGGAAUCACUUCGUCCUACUUCUAUUUUUCUUUCCUACACUAUUUAGAGUCUUCUCAUUCUUCAAGGAACCCAAAGAUGGCCUCCUUUAUAAGGUUUUCCACAGCUCUCUCUUGCUGAUAGAGUUUGUUGUGCCUUUUCCUAUGCAACCUCCUAUGUAUGUGGUGGGCUCUUUCCAUACUGUAUUACACUUGCUGGUUUACAAAUCUAUACCCAGCACUAGACUGUGAACUUCUUGGGGGAAGGAACUACGUCUGAUAACUACAUUCUUUGUAACUUCAUGGAAGCAGUGCCUAACACUUAGGAAUCUUUUUGAGCCCCAAAUUUGCUAUUUUUUUCACACACUUGGAUAUGUGUUCUUCGCAUUAAUAAUGGAAAUCAUAGUGCCAUUCCUGCCGACCUUACAGUUGACAGUUGACACUAAAUGUGAGACUAAAUGUGACAAUGUGUAUGAAAAUGUUUCUCAAACUUACAUUUCUAUCUAAAACCAAGAUAUUAGUAGUAGUAGUGUCAUCCAAUGUGGUGUAAACCACAUUGGGAGCCCAUCCAUGGCAUUGCAGAGAGUGGUGGGGUGGAACAAAAGCCACAGAUGAAAAUUUUGCCAUCCUAAGAACUGGAUAAGUAUCUGGGAAAGCAGGAUACUGGGUAGAGUAUGCUUUCUUUGCUUUCAGUUAAGUCUUCGUUUCAGUGACCACUUGUUUAUGGUAGUUUAGAGGUGCCUGCAGUAAAGCAAGAUAUAAUAAAUGCAAAAUUAAUUUUUUUAAUGGGGCUGAGGAAAAUAAAGAUUAUAGAGAAAGAUGGAUCCAGAGGUUUUUUUUUUUUUGUCACUAGUUUGAAAAUUGGUGGUGGUGGUGUAGACAAGUUGAAGGAUGAAGCCAAAAUUUCAGGCAAAAUAUCAGAUUCAAACUCAAGGCAAUGACUAUUCUAUAUUUGCCAUUUUGGUGCAGCUAAAGAUCUCUGGGGAGUAAAGUGAUGACAAAUCUUCAAAACAGGUGAUUGAGGCUGGGCGCAGUGGCUCACACCUGUAAUCUCAGCACUUUGGGAGGCCAAGAUUGGCGGAUCACUUGAGGUCAGGAGCUCAAGACCAGGCUGGCCAACAUGGUAAAACCCCGUCUCCACUAAAAGUACAAAAAAAAAAAAAAAAAAAAAAGAAAGAUCAGCCAGGCAUGGUGGUGCAUGCCUGUAAUCCCAGCUAUUCGAGAGGCUGAGGCAGGAGAAUUGCUUGAACCUGGGAAGCGGAGGUUGCAAUGAGCCGAGAUGGCACCAGUACACUCAGCCUGGGCAUCACAGUGAGACUCUGUUUGAAAAAAAAAAGGGGGAAUUGAUGCUUCAAAAUGAAAAAUUGCAAACUGGAACUGUGCUUUUGUCCCAGAAUUUAUGUUCACAAACCCCUCUUGCUGUGCUGUGCCUGUGGUUGGCCCCAAGGUGCCCAUCAAAGCAGCUGUUUUGGUUCUGACCUGCUCCUGGCUACACUUGGAAGGUAGCCUGAGAUGUCUCCCUGUAUGUUUCCUUAUUCCGGAAUGUUGUGUUACAUUUUUGUUGUGUAUAAAUUUCUUUUCCUGUACAAAUGUUAGCCUAAAAAUCCUGUACCAAAAGAUCUGUAUAUUCUAUGAAACUUGGGCUGUAAAAACCCAGAAGCACUCUGCUGACAAUUCUUUAACCAGGGAGAGGUUCCUCAGGGGGAAUGCCUUUCAUUAUGUAUAUUUGAAAAUGAAUUUUCAGGUCUCUGCUUCCCAUGUGAAUUUGUAUAAAUUUACGUAAAAAAUGAGAAGCAAUGCUUUUUUAAUUUUUUCCUUAGAAGUGGGCAUAUAUUUUUUAGGACAUAAUAUAAAAGAUCGACUGGCUUGAGUUCAUUUGUCCUCCGCAAGUCUAAAAUGAGACAAACUAGAAUUGCCUGGUAAUAUCCAAAUUUAUUAAUGAAUGGAUGUGUGCUAUGCUAGCUACCAGGCAAGGUGCUUAAAAAGAGAAGUAGGUUUUAGUUUCUCUCUCCUGUGGGUCCAUCAAGCUUUUCUCAGCCAAUUCUCUUCCCUCUCUGGAAACUGUGAUGUUUCACCUUCUCCUCCUUGCCUGGUGCCCACUGACAACAUAGGGACUGUUUCGGGUCUUCUCAUGUCUAGACACCCUGUAAAGCCAUUUUUCCUUCAUCUGCUGCCCAACCACACAGGUAGAGGGGACUUUACCACAAGACUUGCUGCCUCCUGUGUGCUCCCCAAGGAAGACUCCUAAUGUCUUCAUAUCCACAAACCUGGGGAGGGGUUUGUCAUCUCCGGUAGCCUCCCCAGACCAGGAAUCAGCCCAGGGGAGAGGCCUCUCUCAGGAGCCCACUGCUGCCUGGCUCUCUCCCUCCUCUUUGGUCCUGCCUCUUCCCCAGCCCUGGGUGAACUCUGCCUGGUCUCCUUGGAGGGAUUGUGGAGGGGAAUGCCUGGAGCAGGGCAACCUGCUAUCCACCAGCUCUUGCACCAACGUCCUGAGUCUUUAAAGGCUAAGCCCCCCAGAAACUCAAAACCAGUUAUCCCUCAAAAAGUUUAGCUCAGGCCGGGUGUGGUGGCUCAUGCCUGUAAUCCCAGCACUUUGGGAGGCUGAUGCGGGCAGAUCACCUGAGGUCAGUAGUUUGAGACCAGCCUGACCAACAUGGUGAAACACCGUCUCUACUAAAAAUACAAAAAUUAGGCUGGGUGUGGUGGCUCAUGCCUGUAAUUUCAGAACUUUGGGAGGCUGAGGCAGGUGGAUCACUUGAGGUCAGGAGUUCGAGACCAGCCUGACCAACAUGGUGAAACCCUGUCUUUACUAAAAAUACAAAAAUUAGCUAGGCAUGGUGGUGCAUGGCUGUAAUCCCAGCUACUUGGGAGGCUGAGACAGGAGAAUCGCUUGAACUCAGGAGGCGGAGGUUGCAGUGAGCUGUGAUUGUACCAUUACACUCCAGCCUGGGCAAUGAGAGCAAAACUUCAUCUUGAAAAAGAAAAAUCUAGCUCUCACAUGUCAAAAACUUUGGCUGUACACACUAUUAUUCUGUUCCAACUUUUAAGAACGCAGAUAAAAAAUGUAACAAAGUUAAAAAGCCUUAUUAACCUCAAGACUUGAUGCCGGUGCCAUUCCUAGACUGGUAUUUCUCAUGAGUCUCCACCAAAGACAGAGGGCAGGAAGAUCUGGACUUCUUGGGCUGAGCCAUGCUUUGAGGACCACUUCAGCGGGCGGUAUAUCGUUCCCUGUGUGGAGCUGCAUUUCCUGUGACUGGCACUAGCUUGAUGGUUUCUGCUUUUGUGACCGUUCACCCGCACUCACCAAGGCUGUGCUGUGCCUCCACUCACCUGCCUCGUGAGGGGACUCUGACCUUUCUGUCAUCUACCACAUGCCAUUGAUGAGAGCCACAGGGUGUGGCCUCCUGGUGGUCCAGCUCAACCUCUGUUCUCUCUCAUUCCUGCUUCUCAACAACCUCCUGGAGCUUUUUCCUCUGGGUGUAGGAGGAGGGCCCCACACACUGGAUCACAGCCACACUUUGAAAGGAGGAGAAGUGACUGUCGGGAGACAGCCCCUAGGAGAGCUGGGUCUUUGUUUUAUUUUGUUUCUUUACAAUACAGCCAUUUCAUGUAUAACCUUUUCCACAUAGACCCUUGCCUUCUCCCCGAGGUAUGAGACAAGGAAUACAAAUGUCAGAUGUGACUCUGGAAGGCUGCAAGGAACUGGUGCUGCCCAUAGAAAAGCAUUUCAAAACCUUAAACACCUGCACUAUUUCUCCCACCUUCUUUCAUGUUCACAUCUGCAAAUAAUAGGCACUCAAUACAAUUUUAUGGCAAAUCACAGAAUUAGUUCUGCCUCGAAUCCUUUGUGGAAUGAAGUGUGAGUAUAGGACAAGUGUGCAAACAAGCACAAACAUCAGGGUCCAUUCACUCUGCUGCAGUCCAUGGCCCCUUUAUUCCUUUUCGUCUUUCAAUAAAUAUGUGUUGAACACCUAUUAUAUGCCAGUUACUAUUGUAGACAGAUGUGGUAUCUAUUCUUGUGAACAGACACUGAGGAGGUACAUGAAUAAAUAGGAUGUCAAAUAAUAAUGACUGCAGCCAAGGAACAGAGCAAGGUGCUCAUGAGUGCCAGUCAGAGCUGCUUCCCUAGCUAGGCUGGCAAGAAAGACUCCUGAAGUGGUCGCACUUGAGCAGAGGCCUGAAGAAUGGAAGGAGACCACCAUGGGAAAGUGGAUGGAAGAGGAGAUGAACCAAUCAUUUUCUACAAUCAAGUCAUACUUGAAAUGGGCGAGGUCCCCAUCUGAUAUCGCAGAGGUGCAGGGGCAUGGGAAGGUUCCUAACAGGCAUCGUCAAUGCUCCAUGCUGUCUCACCAUAUUUCACGGGGCUGGCUGGUUCUCCCUGCGGUUCCCUCAGUUUCAUCAGCACCACGGUGGCUUCCCAUGUGCCAGGCUGCGCCAGGCUGAAAUGCCAGUUCCUGAUCCUGCGAAGAGCCACAGUGAAGCUCCCCUCGUGUCAGUGAGCCGGGAGCCUUCCCCGCAGCUCCAGCCCUCACAGCCUCGGCCCUUGUGAACAUGGGCAAUUAAAGUGCUCAGGAUUUUUCACUUGAAAUGUUCCGAAUGCAAGUAAGUUGCUUUAUGGAAGAAUAGGAAUCUGUUUCUUUCUGCCACUUCCUUCCAUGCACAGCCAGCGUUUUCAUCAGCGGCCUUUGGGCAAGGCGUGCACGGCAUGGGCUUAUUGGAAUACUGAUGAAGGCAGACCCCGAGCAUCUUUUGAAGAAAACAAAACUGAAGGAAAAAGUAUGACUUGUGAAACUCGAAGCAACUCUGUGGACUGUGAAUUCAGCAGGGAAACAACACAUUGUUAAUUUUCUCUCUUUAUUUCUCUGUUUUCUUCCCUGAUCCAGUUGGUCAUGUCCAUAGACUCAAAGAACGCAUGCAAAGGAAGGAAAUUCAAGUGUUUCCUUCCUGCCUGCUGGGUGGCCACCCACACCCUCUCUCUUCUCUUGGGCCACUUGUCCCUAACUUCUUUUCUUCAUGAAGAUCCUUGGCAGCUCCAUGGAGGUGAAAAGGGCUAUGAAUGCUCUUCUUCCUCAUAACUCUCUAGGCUUCCUGGUGAACAUGGAGAAGAAACCAUUUUCUUCAUUCAUCAGUGGCUCAGGGAUCUGUGAACCUUCCCACCUGCCGCCUUCACACCUGGAGUGAUGUUGCCUGGUCAUUAGGGAGCACUCUUUUCCCACCUGCUACCCUCACACCUGGAGUGAUAUGUGCCCGGUCAUUAGGGAGCACUCUCUUCCCACCUGCUGCCCUCACGCCUGGAGUGAUGUUGCCUGGUCAUUAGGGAGCACACUCUUCCCACCUGGGUGACAGCAGCUCUGAGCCAGCCCGGUGCUAGGUGAUGGGCAACUGCAGUGCCCAUGCCACAGGCUGGGUCAGAUUUUCCUGUGCGGACGCGGUCAUGGAGAUGUUGCUAGGGACAGUGAAGUUGGCUGUGUUUAUCCAAAUCUGGUAGGAACUGAUCCUUCUAAGAAAAUAUGCUUUCGACUUCAUGAUUUUCCAGCAGCACUGAAGGCCCUGCACACAGGGGGCUGUUAGCUGGGGCAUGGGACACAUAGGGUGUCACGGCAUCCAGCCCCACACAGUGGUCACUCCCGGUCCCGUGGGCAGCCUGACCCAACCUCAGUGGUUGUAAUGUUUCUGACGGCCUUCACAGCAAUGUUGUAUUAUUCCAUCACAUGUAUGGAAUGUGUCCAGAUUGCCAGGGCAAGAGAAAUAAUAUUCCCUGCCUAGGUAUCCCCUCUGCUUUUCUCAGAAGCAAACAAACACAUCUGAGGAGAGAAAAAGCACAACCCCAUGUUUGAUCCUUCCCCGUGUCCAGCCACUCCCCACAACAUCCUCAAAUCUGACCUGCACUCGAGGACUCCUGCGUGCUUUACAAGCAUCUUGUUUUAGUUCUUUUGUUUUUCUGCACCAACCACGUCUUUAACAGUUUACUGAAUGCCCGCCACGUGUGAGGCUGUAGACUGAAUUCAUUUCUUGGUGAAUGCUAUUGUGUGCCUGGCCAUGAGUUUUGUCCUCCAAAAAACCCUGUGUGCAGGAGGUCUCAUUUUAGAGACGAGGAGUCAGAAGCUCCAAGAGGCUGAUUCACUUGCCCAGGGACACACAGCUUCUGGGGGAAGAGCUCAGAUAGAAAGGAGACCCGUAUGGCUCUAACGUGCACCAUGGUUUAGUUCUUCGUCUCUCAUCCCAGCAAGACUGCACUGGAAACUUCUCAAUCAAAGAAUCCUAUCUCAUUUUCAUUCAUUUCCCUGAGUACAUUUUGGGGACACACAGUGGAGUCGGGGCUGAGCAAUUGCUUGUUGAGAAAAGAUUGCAUUCUUCUCUGAGCUCCUAGAGCCCACCAUGGGUCCCAGCACUCAGAAGGAGGCACUAAGUGAUGUGUGCUGGGUUGAGAGGGGAUGUGAGGGAGUCAGAAGUGCUUCAGACGUCGGCCACCAGCAGCCGGGAUGUUGGCACCACCAGGUUUCAAAUAUGAAGACAGCUUUGCCUUUUAUUUCCUGUAGAGUGGAUGCUUUCCAGGAAAUGUCCCCCUUUUGCUCUGCCAUGGUCUUUUGAGAACAAGCUGUUUUGUCGUUCCAGACAACAAAGGUUGGAGGACCAGCUCAAGUCGAGCAUGAGGGGCUGAGCAGCUCACACCCCAUGCCUGGCGGUUAAACAGUGGGUGUCUGAGCACGUGCUGACCUGAGGGCUCCCUGGAUCCUGGAGUGGGUCCAGCAGGUUGUGCACAAACCACGUAGGACUGACUCUUCCCUCGGCCUCAUGUGGGUUUCACAAACCCCCUUUUAUUCUCAUCCUCCAAUCAAUCUGCUCACAGUGCAAAUUAGAAUGAUUCUUAUGCAAGGGAACUUUAAGAUCUCAUCACCAACUCCAGGGAAUACCUCUAAACAGGUACCUUUGAGGACGCCCACGCAGGACCCAUGUUUUCCCCCUUUUUACCUACUUCUACUAUAUAGUGUAUACAUAGUAUGUAUAUAAUUAUGUAUAAAUAUUACAUAUAAAUAUAAAAUAUGUUUAAUUACAUGUAAAUAGUACAUAUUAAAUUAUAUAUAAAAGAACAUAAUUUAAAAAUUUAUAUCAUUCUCAGCCUGGCGUGGUGGCUCACGCCUGUAAUCCCAUCACUUUGGGAGGGGAGGGUGCGCAGAUCACUUAAGGUUAGGAGUUAGAGACCAGCCUGGCCAAUAUGGUGAAACCCCAUCUCUACUAAAAAUAUAAAAAUUAGCCGGGCAUGGUGGCGCACACCUAUAGUCCCAGAUACUUGGGGGGCUUAGGCAGGAGAAUUGCUUCAACCCAAGAGGUGGAGGUUACAGUGAGCCAAGAUGGUGCCACUGCACUCCAGCCUGGGCAACAGAGAGAGACUCCUCUGUCUCAAACACAAACAAACAAACAAACAAAAAACUAUAUAUAUAUAUAUAUAUAUAUAUAUGUCAUUCUCAUGUUAAUAAUAUUUAUGAAAGAAAAAUGAGAAAAAAAAGACAUAUAAGCAAGAGAAAAUCCAAGACUUUCCCAAUUCUACCCACAGACCAACACAUAAAAUACCUUUGCAUAUAUUCUUCAAACUUUCUGCAUAGUCAUUUAUACAUUUAUAUUAUUUCCAUAAAUCAUGUUCAGUUGUUAAAAAACCGCCUUUUAAAAAUCUUACGUUAUUGUGAUUAUCUUUCCAUAUCAAUAAAAUAGUUUUAUAUGAUCAUUCUGGAUAUAUAAUUGUAAAUAAUUUAACCAAUCUCUUGUUGGCUUUUAGGCUGUUUCUAAUAGCAGUGUAACUAAUAUCCUUAUGGCUAAAUCCUGAAAGGCAUACUUCACUAUUUUCUUAGGAUGAAUUCCAGGUAGUUUAAGGACUAGCAUGUGCUUUUUUUAAGUUAUACUUUACGUUCUGGCGUACAUGUGCAAGACAUGCAGGUUUGUUACAUAGGCCAUGGUGGUUUGCUGCACGCAUCAUCCUGUCAUCUACCUUAGGUAAUUCUCCUAAUGCUAUCCCUCCCCUAGCCCCCCACCCCCCAACAGGCCCCAGUGUGUGAUGUUACCCUCCCUGUGUCCAUGUGUAUUCAUUGUUCAACUCCCACUUAUAAGUGAGAACAUAGCAUGUGCUUUUUAAUGAAUCUUAACAUGCUUCCAUAAGUUUGUUUCUAUAGUAAGUAAACUCCAAUCAACCCCUCUCCCACCCAGCCCAAGUCUUUUAAAUGCAACUGCAAAAUCUAUAGAAAUGCAACAUAUUUCCAUUAGAAAAUGAAAUCCUUUUUGAUGUAAAGUACAACAUCUUCAUUAUAAAACAGAAUUACCUUCAGUAGCUCUGAGGCUUAAAGAUCUUUGCAGUGACCCAGGAAGUCAUCCAAGGAUAGUGGAGCCCAGCCUGUCUGACACGUCAUUGAUGCUGAGCAUUGGGUGGGAUUGGGUGGAAAGUCUGAUUUUUCUCGGGUUGGAUGCUGUGCUCUAAUUGCCAGUGGCUGGAAGCCUGGCUUGUUUUUCUCUUCCUGUCAUCCAGUGCAGGGACACACAGGGAGAGUGUGAACAUAGGGUGUGUCCAAUCUAAUCGUUAGGGUUUCCAAAUUAACUGUAAACUCUAAGUCUUUAAAGGUCAAUCGAACAUUUUGUUCUUUUGUUUGACUUUUCCAUUUAAAAUAGAACUUUUGCCUCUGAGAAUUUAGACAUGGACACAAAUACUAUGGAAAAAGCCAAAACAGGAGAGUUUUCUCAACACUAAAGGAGACAUACAUAUUUAGUUUCAGAUUAAUUGGCUAAAGGGUGUUUGUUGCCAGGUAAGAAGGGAUGGUUUACAGCUCCAAGCAAGGAUGGAUGGCUUCUUACUAGAACUGGCUUUAUCAGUGAACAUCUCAGGUCCUGCCUUGGCUUGGGGCCUCACCUGCAGAAGAAAUCAAAGAUGGCACCAUCAGCCACUAUUGCUGGUCCUUCAUUCACCUUGCCAGGGUUGCUCCAGGCAGAAAACAGCUGGAAAACUGGGGUCCCAGAGACAGAAACAAGUACACUGCAUAUUUUCUGUUGAAUAAGAUUUUUUAUACUUUUAUUUUAUGAAAAUUGAAGAUUUUUAUGCAAUUGUAAAAAAUAAUACAGAGCCUCAUAUACCCUUCAUGCAGUUCCCCCCAAUGGCAGCAUCUUGUGUAACUACAGUCUGCUAUGACAAUCAACAUAUUGGCAUUGAUACAAUCCAUCCACCAUAUUCAGAUUUCCCAUAUGUUUCUUGCACUCAUUUGUGUGUAUUUAGUUCUAUGUGGUCUUAUCAGACGUGAAGCCUUGUUUGACCACCACUGGCAUAGUCAAUAUAAACACAAUUCUAUCACUAGUCUCCAUCCUGCUGACCUCAAACAGCCACAGCCAAUGCUUUUAUCUCCCAUCAUGAUCCUCUGACAACCACUAAUCUGUUUUUUAGUUCUCCCUCUCAAUAGUUUGUUAUUUCAAGAAUGUUAUUAAAAUGAUCAUAUACUAUGUAGUCUUUUGAGAUUUGCUUUCUAUACUCCACACAAUUCACUGGAGAGUAAUCCAACUUGCGUGUUUGUCACUGAGUACUAUUUAAUGGUGUGGACAUACCAGUUUGUUUAGCCAUUCACCCAUUGAAAGAUAUUUGGGUUAUUUCCCAUGUUUUUUAUUAUCACAAGAAAUGCUGCUAUGAACAUUUGUGUACAGGUUUCUGUGUAAACAUAAGCCUUUAUUUCUCUGGCAUAGCUGUUCAGGGGUGGAAUUACUGAGUCUUAGGGUAAGUGCAUGGUUUGCUUCAUAAGAAACUAUUUUCCAGAGUGGCUGUAUCAUUUUACAUUCCCACCAGCAAUGUACGAGUGAUCUAGUUUCUCUUCACCCCACCGCCAUUUGGUGUUAUUGCUAGUGUUUUUUAUUUUUUGUAUUGUGACAGGUGUAUAGUGAUAUCUCAUUGAGGCUUUAAUCUGCAUUUUCUAAUGGCUGAUGGUGUUAAAAUUCUUCUCAUGUGCUUAUUUGCCAUUUGUCCUCUUCAACAAAGCAGCUGUUUAUGUCUUUGGCCCAUUUCAUUUUUCCUAUUAAAUUUUGAGAAUUCAUUAUAGGGUCUAGAUUCAAGACCUUGGUGGAUAUGAGGUGUGCCAACAUUUCCUCUCAGUCUGUAGCUUGCCUUUUCAAUCUCUUCAGAGACUCUUGCACAGCACAUGUGUCUAAUUUUGAUGCGGUCCAGCUUAUCAAUUUUCUCUUUAAUGACUCAUGCCUUUGGUGUCCAAUCUAAGAACUGUGCCUGGCCCUAGGUCCCAAAGAUCUUCUCCUAUGCUUACUUCUAAAUGUUUUCUAAUAACUUUUAUGUUUUACAUUUAAGUUUGUGAUCCAUUUUGGGUUAAUUUCCAUAUAAGGUGUGAGGAUUUGGUUGAGGUCCUUUUUGCAUAAGGAUGCUUGGAUAGGAUUUUUGUUUCAGGGGAAUCUUUGCCUCUUUACUACAGGAUGCUGGCGACCCCUGCCCCACCACUAGUAUUCUCUGAUGCUCGUCGUGCUGUGGGAGAUCUUCUAUGCAACAUGGAAACCAUGAAUUGUACCACAGAGGGAGAUCUUCUGUCCCACUAGGAAACUGCAAAUUGUACCACAGAGGGAGAUCUUCUAUGCAACAUGGAGACCAUGAAUGGUACACACAGAGGGAGAUCUUCUAUCCACGUGGAAACCAUGAAUUGUACCACAGAGGGAGAUCUUCUGUCCCACUAGGAAACUGCGAAUUGUACCACAGAGGGAGAUCUUCUAUGCAACAUGGAGACCAUGAAUGGUACACACAGAGGGAGAUCUUCUAUCCACGUGGACACCAUGAAUUGUACCACAGAGGCAGAUGUUCUAUCCAACAUGGAAACCAUGAAUUGUACACACAGAGGGGGAUAUUCCAUCCAACAUAGGAACCAUGAACUGUACACACAGAGGGAGAUCUUCUAUCCAACAUGGAGACCAUGAAUUGUACCACAGAGGAAGAUGUUCUAUCCAAAACGGAAACCAUGAGUUGUACGCCUAGAGGGAGAUCUUCUAUCCAAUAUGUAAGCCACAAGUUGGACACACAGAGAGAGAUAUUUUAUCCAACUUGGAAACCAUGAAUUGUACACACAGAGAGAUCUUCUAUCCAACAUGGAAACAAUGAGUUAUACCCACAGAGGGAGAUCUUCUAUCCAAUUCAGGUGUUCCUUAUGUGAUAGCAUACUCUGUAUCUACAACUAGCUAAAGUUUCGUGAUGUCAUUAUUGUUAUUGUUGUUGCAGAGGUGAGGUCUUGCUAUGUUGCCCAGGCUGGUCUUGAAUCCCUGGCCUCCAGCAAUCCUCCUGCCUUUGUUUCCCAAUGUGUUGGGAUUACAGGCAAAAGCUGGUCUUAUUCUUUCUAAAGCUGAAGUUUGAGAAGUAAAAAUCACUUUCAAGGGUAGAAUGCAUUUUAUAUUUUCUCUGAAAAAUGAAUUGGCACAAAUGUCCAGUUAAAUUUGUGCAAUUUUCUUUAAAAAAAAACACAGUUAAUUUUAAAGUGGCAAUAGUUAUAUACUAGGAGUAUAAUCCCAAAUUGUUUAACUGUUUCCUGAGCCUCUUCCCAUGUUCAUUGAGAUAAUUUUGUAAAAGCAUCCUAACCAGCAAUGGGUCCUCUUGUUAAGAAGGCUGCCAGUACAAACUCUCUUUAUGAAGGACUCACAUGCUCUGACUGUUCCGUCACCUCCCAACCACAGCCAGGAGCCUUCUCUGGCUGCCACAGAACUAAGGAGGGGGCACUACUGCAGCCCAGCCUGUCUUGGCAUUGUUUAGGGCCCUGUCCCAAAAUAUUUGUGAGCCAAUGUAUCUACAUAUCGACGGUGCUGUCAAUGGUACACGUAUCUCUCUAAUAGGACUUUGCCACCUGCCACGAUGUGGUCACUGCUCUGAACACCUGGAAUAGGCCUUGUUCUCUUUCUAGCAGACAUGCACAGAGUUUCGUCUUAAGAAAUUGUCUGUACUUUGAAAGUCUAUUUCCCAGGGAUAGUUAUGCUUAACAUUGGUCAGUAACUAUGUUGAUAAAAGCAAGCCCUUUGCUUUUGUAAUACUUUUGUCUAAACAUGUAAAAAGACACAUCGUGUUUGUGACUUCCUAAUUAGGAGCGAAGGUCGUUUUUGUUUGCAUUGUUUAUCUCUGCUCCCAUCUCACCAAGCUUUAGCAAAGCAUCUUGGUUUCCUUUCUCCAUCUUAGAAUGCUUUGUUAAUAGUACCCAUUACAGUGGGCUAGGGUGUUUUCCUAUUUUGUUGCCUGGAAGGUGUCUACUUUGACCUACUUUAAUCUCAGGGCUUGGAGGUAAAGUCAUCCUCUGUGUAGACUUUGGGAUUAGCUGGGAUCCUUGUUUCACAACGUGGACUCAUGGAGGGGAGGGAACUCCCGGAAGGUGGCUUAGGCUCUCUUUGCAUGCAACCCUGACAGAACCCUUUUCUUAGCCACUCAGUGGACUCAACCGAAUGUUUCCAAGAUUGAGAAAACAGUUGUGAGCAGAUCUAUCUGCAAAUGGACAGCACUACCCACGGGGCACUUUUCUUUCCGACUCUGACUCACGUGUGGAGCUCAUGGGAGUGGUCUGGGUUACUUAAGGUUAACCUUUACAUUCUCAUAAACUCCCACAUGAUUUUUCAGAAUGCCACCCUGAGGAGUUUUACUAUUAUUAAAAAAGGGGGUCAUUGUUUGACCAGUUGUAGAGCAAACAGAUUGUCCUAGUUUUUUUGAAAAAAGGAAAUGAGUCACUUUCCAUAUGAAUAUCUCAACUAUCAAAAUAUUAAACAUCCCUUUGUUUACUGUUUCGCUUCUUAACUUUCAGACAUGUAACCUCAGCCAAGUAGCACCAGCAAGAGCCAUCUGCCGCAUACCUCAGCUGUGCUUGUACCACUUUGUGUAAGAGGAGCGGACAGCAAGGGAAGGUCUGGCUUUGAUGGGGUGACCCUGCCCACUCAUUAGACUCUGUGUUCUGCCAAGUGGUUGGGCUUGGCCACAGGAGUCCUGCUGUCUUGGGGUACUCUGAUGGCAAUCAAGACCAAACUUACUCAAUGAUAUUGGAAAUUGUGCAUUUUUUUCUUAAUCUCAGCCUUCCCAUCUCAGUUGAUGGAGAUCCCAUGCUUUCUGUUGCACUGCCCAAAAAUCUUGAGGUUGUCUUUGACUGCUUUCUCUCACACGCAAUAUCUGAUCUAUUCAGAAAAUCCUACUGGCCCUAUAAUCUUCAAGAUAUGUCUAGAAUCUUCUUACGUCUCACUAUGUCCACAUCUACCUAGCCUGGUUUAUCCCACUGACCUCAUGCACCCGGCUUGCUUCUCUCAACUGGCCCCUCAGCUUCUACCCUGUAGUCUAAUCCCAGCAGCGGCAGGAGUGAUCCAUUCGUGACAUUAGUUGGAUUUCACUCCUCAGCUCAGAGCUCAUCAGUGCUCCCUGUCUCUCUCAAAGGGAAAGCCAGUCUCUUUCAAGAGUCCACAAGACCCUACGUGGUGUAGCCCUGCCCUUCUGCACCCACUUUCUAAAAUUCUCCCAUGGGCUCACUGUGAUAGCAGCAGGUUUCCAUGCUCAUGCUGGAAUGCACCAAGCCCUCUCUCAUCACAGGCCAUUGCACAAGAUCUCCCUUUGCUUGGAACAGCCUCUUUCCAGGUAUCACUGCCUCACCCCUUUUGAUCUGUGCCCAAAUGUUACCCUUCUUCAUAAGCUUAGCUGGCCCAGCCUGUGUAAAUGUCAGCCUGUAUCCCCAGCACUCCUGAUCUUUCUUCUCCUGUUCUUUCAUCCAUGGCAUGUAUCAUCUUCUAACACAUCAAAUGAUUCUAAAAUUUAUGAUGUCAUUGUUUAUUAUCUGGCCUUACUCUCAGCCUCUAGAAAGUAAGUUCCACAAGGGCAGGGAUGAUUGUCAUUUUUGUUCCCUGAUAUCCCUGCCUAUGUAUUUGAUAAAUAUUUGCUGAAUAAAUGAACCACCACCUCCAACAA